AUGUUCAAGAAGUGGUCAGCAACAUCGGACGUUUCCGGGCAGACGCCUCCAAAAUCCUCGGUGCAGCGCACCAUUCGCGCGAGCAUCCUCUCCCAAUGGAAGAUCGACGCCGAGACGCUCGAGUCGAUCUGGCCCAAGAAGGAGUCCAUUACACAUGUCAAGUGCAGAGAACAUAUCGCUAUCUACACCCUUCACGGAGAACCGCUGUUCUUCCAGCACUUUGACGGGCCGUUCUACCCGACUCUGAGGUUACUACACAAGUAUCCCUUCAUUCUCCCCCGUGUCGGCAUCGACCGCGGCGCCAUCCGCUUCCUUCUCGCGGGCGCGCACAUGAUGUGUCCGGGUUUGACAUCGAAGGGCGGCUAUCUUCCACCAGCAGAGGAAGAGAUCGGGGAAGGGAAGGCUGUGGCUAUCUUCGCAGAAGGCAAAGAGCAUCCCUGUGGUGUUGGGUUGAUGAAGAUGAGCACGGAGACGAUGAAGAAGGUCAACAAGGACGUCGGUGUCGAGUCUGUCACGUAUCUUGGGGAUGAUUUGUGGGCUGUACAGAAGCUGUAA